UUCAAAUAAACUGCGUUAGCGAGUUAAAAACACUACUUAAUAAGACAAACGUGUAAGUUAAAGCUAUAAAUGAAAACAUGCUUUUGAAAACGCUACGUGGAGCAGAAGAUAGGCCCUUUUACUAAAAGUGGGGCGGGCAACACAAUUUCAAGCCAUGACAUCACUUUUCCUGCGAGUGCUUUAACCUAAACACGGGAAGAGAGACGGAUGGGAAGAGACGACGAUAAAACCUCUAAUCAGCGGCUGGGAAAACAGAUAAACAUGUCCACAAGCUGUGAAUUUAAAAGUGCAGUUCAAGGUAUUUCUUAGCGAUAUUCAUCGGGGAUAUUUUCACACCUUCCGAAGCAACACAAGGACCGUGCGAGGUGGAGACAAUGUCGGAAGAGGCCCAAAAUAGAGUAGAUGAGGACUUUGAGUCUGAGGAGGGUGAUCUGGAGUCCUAUCUAGAAGAAGAGAGCAGCAGUGAGCUUCUGGAGCGAGUGAGAGAACUUCAAGCCGAGAACUCUGCCCUUUCAUUAGCAAACGAGAGUCAAAGAGAAGCAUAUGAGCGAUGCUUGGACGAGGUCGCCAACCAUGUUGUCCAAGCUUUGCUCAAUCAAAAGGAUCUCCGAGAGGAAUGCAUUAAGCUGAAAAUGCGUGUGUUUGAUUUGGAGAGGCAGAACAGAACACUGUGUGAGCUCCUGCAGGAGAAACUGCACAGUCAAUCAUGUGUACAUCAGCAGCAGCCAGGACCCUGUCUGGAGCACAUUGGCGAGCUGCAGCACAGUGAAUCUAACAAACUGAUUGAGGCUCAGAGGAAUGCACAAGCCAAGGGAAACAGCGAAUGUGCACAAAAUUGCAUACCAGAGACCCAAGGUUCAUCCACGUCCAUGGAGGCCAUGUCUCCAUUCUUGAAGAAGAAAGCACACAUUUUAGAGGUCCUCCGCAAGCUUGAAGAAACAGAUCCGCUUCGGUACCACCGUUCCUCUGGCAUUCCCUCGAUCUGUGACUAUAGCCAGGCUCUUGCCUCUAAGGAGGCUGUAUUAGCCUGCAGAGACAAUUCAUCCAGGUGCAAUGCACCCAAAGCACAUUGUUCCCAUUCCUGUCCAGAUGUUUGCACACAUCAGCAUUUGAAUGGAGGAGAGCACAGCAAUGUAAAAUGUGGUAGUUGUAGCACAUGCCUGAUGCUGUCCAAUAAAGAUUCAGUCAGCUUAGCCAAGAGUAGCCACAAUUGUUGCACUUCAGCCCCAAUUACCAUCGAUAACCUCAAUUUGGCUCGGCCCGAUUUCCAAGAGAACGUGGAAAUGCAGAGCCUCGUGAAGCCUGCCACAGGUACAAGUGAACUGUUUAUAAAUAGGACAUCUGGAGACAUGUCCAUUCUUUCAGCAGAGCAAAGUCUUAUCCCACCGAAUGAACCCCACUCAUUAGAAGUCCCCGAAUCGUACUCAAGAUUGACCAUUUCAGAGAGGGAUCAGCCCAGAGGAUCCGAUCACGUCUUGGUGGAAACAAGAGACAAGAAUAGGUUGUCUGACCUUCUGCUUGAGUCUCAAUCCAAUAGGUCCAGCGGCAGCACCUGCAAUGAGACCAUUUGUGACGAUAGCACAAUUGAUGUGGCGCUACUAGACUCGGACUUGAAGCACUUAAACGCUGUAGCGCCACAAAGACUCGAGAAGGAAGAGUUCGCAACAAAAGACGACACUGACUGUGUCUGUCGAGCCACCUCAAAGCUUCCUACUCUCGGACUCAAAGACAAUUUACAAAAUGCACACUGUGAGAUGGACAGCAAUGAACCAGUCCACAAAGGUCUGUUAUUUUCUCCUAAUGAGAAUCAUACUGCCUCAAAAGUACUGGAUGAUAUCUCCGUCCCUGUGAAAGACACCCCUUCCGAUCCUCAGUCCAUUAGAUCGAAAGUUGCCGUCAGCCCGAAUCAAGUUUCCUGCCUUAGAGAGGUCAAGGCCUCACCUUCCAAACUGCUUAAGUUCCUUAAGAUACCCACUCUUGGGGAACGUACCGCAGUACCUGCUCCACCUCGUCUCAGUCCUCAGUUGACUCGUAGCUCGAAGAUUCCUUGCCGGAGCAACAACUAUGAGGUGCACAAUUCCCCCGGAGCCACGCGAAAAGCCACCACGACAGAGAGGCAAAGACAGCUGCCCCCUUCCAAAUCGGAGUCACACUCUGCUCCAACUUCUCCGCCGCAGCCUGAUGAAGUCCCUGCACCCUUGCCAAAGGACCUUAGCUGUGCUAUCCCUAAAACAACUCGUGUAGCCAAGCCUACACAAAGUUCUCACAUCCAAAAGACCCCUCAGAAAAUUCCCCACUACGAAAACAUCUCUGACAUCUCCAAAACGUGCAACGCCGAUGUAUCCCAGCUGCUUGGAGAAGUGAGCUCAUCUCUUCAGAAUUCCAGCCCGGCUAAUGAAGGUGCGAAAGGAAAGCAGACGAAGUUUGGAGUAGAGCGACCAACGAGUCUCAAGCAGAAGGAAAUCUCACCAGAGUCUGAUUCUUCAGACCAAGAUGACAGCUCAGGUAGCCCGGUUUGGCAUAAGCAAGUCAAUCACCGCAGUCUACCUAGUCAGUCAUCAUCCCAGAAGGCUCAGAGUGGGAUAAGCACGAGGUCCAGGAGCCAAGAGAAAAACGAAAUGGCGGAUAAUGAUGCGCAAAGCUCCGAAUCGCCUUUCAAAAGAAGUGAACCACCGCCUGUUCCUAAGAAAUCAGGGAUUGGUAGACAUUCAGGUGAAUCAAGUCAUUCGUUUAAAGAACGACUGGCUGCACUUGGCAAGUUGAGGAACCCAGACGAGUCCACAACUUGCCCUCCGGUUGCAGAGAAGAAAGAAAUUCAAUCAGCUGCAAGCAUACCGACACGAACCACAGAUAAAAGCAAAAUUGCUGACAGGAACUCUGAUUGCAAGUCGGGAGAAUAUAGACUUCCUAAAAGUACAGAUUCCAUUGAAGAUAAGUCAUACCAUUCAGGUCAUCUUGAUGGUGCCGUUUCGAAACAACAGGCAGCCUUUCAGCAUGUUGAGCAAGCUGUCAGGUCUCCUCCCACUAGCACGUUAGUUUCCAAACUUGAACACGAGUCUUCUAGAACAUUCUUAGCCAAGCAGGAGAGCCCAAAAUCUAAGAUGCAUCCACCAUCUACUAACCUAGAGGCUGCGCAGGCUUUGCGGAGCUAUGCUAAGAGUACGGCACCCCAUAGUCUUUCAUACAAUGGAAAAAAUGUUGCUGGUCCCCAUAGUGGCAGCCCCAAUAAAAUCCCUCUCAAAUCACCAACUAAAACUGUGCCACCCUCAAUGAACCGAGAUGGGAAACCUACUCAAGAGUUUCAGAGGUACAUGUCAAAAUCUGAGGACAGGAGCCAUCUCAGGGCCAACAAGAAGAAGAAUUCUUCCUACGGAGAGAGUCUUCCUCCACCGCCGCCAAGGCCAGUAGAGUCUGCUGAAGAAAAAAGGCACUCUGCCCCUAGCCCUCAGUCUUCUAUUGAGCAAAAGGUCAUGAAGGGCAUUGAGGAAAACAUGCUGAAACUGCAAGAGCAAGAUAAAGGGCAAAUGGCCGAGGUCAAGCAAAAGGCUUCCAAUGGAAUUGCCAACUGGUUCGGUCUGAGAAAAAGCAAGCUUCCCGCUCUUAGCCGUAAACCAGAAACGUCCAAAGCGAAAGAUGACAAGAGAGAAUGGAAACUCAAUAUAUCCUCAGUGGGCAAGGAUUCCAAGGGGGCUGCGAAGAGAACCGAGAGCGAGAGCCUAAACAUUUCCAUGCUGAUUGAGAAGGCAGAGGGCUUGCAUAAAGCUCUUGAAGAAGAACGGGCUUAUGUCAAUGGAGUGGCCUUGGACCGACAAGGAAAGGGACAUUCUUGUGAGGUGGUGAUGGACCAAGCCCAAGGCCAGCUGUCUGUAAUGUACAGAGGAGUGCCAUCUGAUAACUUCAUGCAGCAACUGCUAAACCGGGUUGAUGGGAAAGACACUGGUGGCAUCAGUAUGGCACAUCGACGCCUUUCGUUUGACUGUAAAUCCAGACCUGUAUUCAGUCACCAGAGCGCUGGCAUUGCUGGCCAGACAAGAAGCAGUGAUGACAUGGAAAAGGUUUCUGCAUUACUGAGUAAAGAUGUCACGUCAGAUGAGAACCUGGCUGAGACAAUUCAUCAUGAACACUUUGCUGGAUCCGGAAUCUCCACACACACCCUUGACAGUGGCAUCGGCACCUUCCCUCUUCCUGACUACAGUGCAAAUGCUGGUUGCAAAAGCAUUCCCAAAGGGAAGGCCCAUGGGGAGAGUGACCCUUCUCAUCUCCAGGGAAAACAUGGCUCAGGGAUGAAAAUGUCCCACAAGGCCUGGACCUUGGAGAGAGAGCUGUCAUCUUUAGAAGAGGAUUAUAUGGGGGGUCAGGAUAUGGACCAUCACACCAGCACUUUGGAAAACAAGAUUCCAUCCACCCAGAUUGCGAACAUCGUUCAUGAUGGCACUGAUAUCUGUGGAGCACCUAUGAAAUUAGGCCCCACAAAGAACUGGACUUUCCCAAACCUCAAAGCAUCUGCAGAGCCGUCUGAGGUUUAUCUUGGCGUUGGAGACGGAGUGGAGCCAAUGAGUCAUAAGAGUUCAUUUAAGAGGCGCAACAAAACUAGUGAUUCGGUAGCCAGCCGCGAGGGAGACCCAAGAAGUCUUCCUCAACCCGGUCAGGCACGUAGAGGCAAAAGCCGUAUUCCCGCCAACCCAGACAUGGUGAGGGACACCGGUUUGGAGUUGGUGAGAGAGAGACCCGACGACGGCCUGUCUCCGAGUCAUCCGCAGGUCCUCGAGACCCCCGAGUCCCUGAGCGAUUCCCUCUAUGACAGCCUGUCCUCGUGUGGUAGUCAAGGCUGAAGUGUUUUCGAAAGGAACUGAAUGAUAACCAGGUACACCCUUUUUGUAACCCCCGAUUCUCGUGACGCUUCAGAUAUUUGGAUACUUACGGGAUAACCCAUUUUUUUUUGACCGGAAAAAAAAACCCACGCUACCCACGAAAUACCCACGUUUCUAUCCUGAUGGUUGGAGGAACUGAUUGGACUUUUACAGUGUGUUUGUGGUGGUGUCAUUUUAGCCCAUUAUAUCAACUCUAUCAUCUCAUUCGUGUUCUCUGUUUCAAGUGGUAGCAAAAGUAGUGACGUUCGACUCAUGUUAUCUUAAAGUUAUGUUUCGAUGGACGAAUCCAAACUCAGUCUUCCAGUUUUUGAUCUCACAGAAUGUUCUGGUUCUCAUGCAACAUCAGUGCACACACUCUUUGGUAACAUUUGUGUAAAGUUAUUGGAAAGUGAAUGUUAAUAUAUGUGAUUUUCAAUUAAUUUAAUAUGCAUAUUUCAUGAAAAUAAAAAAAAAAGAAGAAAAACGCAUCUGUGUAAAACCGCAUCAGCCGUAGACUUUCGAUUCAUUGUGUUUGGAAAAAAAAAAAAAAAAAACUU